AUGGGCAGCAUGAGCACGUUGCGUGGCGCUGCCGGCCUUGCCCUGAUCGGGGCUGGCGUGCGUGGCCUGCUCCCGAGCGGUUUCGUCGCCACGGGCGCUCGUGGCGGCCUCGCCCCGCCGAGCGCCGUGGGUGCGUCGCUGCGCGGCGCCGCCGCCGCUGCAGGCGCGCAGCAGGCCGACGACGAAGCGGCCCCGCGCCCCGCCCGGGGCAGGUGUGGCGUGCUGGCCGCUGGGUCGGCGGCGGGCCUGGUGGCCGCCGCGCUGGCCGCGCCCCGCCGCCGCGGCCACCGCAGGGGCCGCAUCGCCAGGAAGCCGGGCCGCAUCAUCGACGCGCUCUUCGGGGAGGGCACCCUCGACAGGAUGCUGAGCAGUUUCACCCCGAGCGAGACGCGCGCCAAGGCGAUUGCGGAGUCGCCCCGCGUCGCUCCUCCGAGCUCUGGUGGCAAGGUAGACCUGGAGAGGUCGCUGAGGCGGCAGGAAAAGCAGACGGCCGCGAUCGAAAACAUGAUGGGCGAGCUCCAGAUACUGAUGCUGUCCAAGGUCGAGGAGGAGAAGCGUAUCAACUCGGAGCUGCGCCAGGACAUGGAGGAGCUAAAGGCCCAGAUCGGGCUGGUUCAGGACUCCUACUCGGACGCCUGCGACCAGCUGGAGAUGACCAGCCUGGAGCUGGACAGCAGAACGGCCCGGGUGGCCGAGGACCUCACGCAGCAGCGGGACGGCGCCGAGCAGCGCACCGUGGAGGCGGCGAGGCGCCAGAAGGAGCUGGAGAGCGAGGUGGAGAGGGUGGAGGCCGAGCGCAACCGGAUCUUCGACCAGCGCGCGGUCAUCGUAAACCACAUCAAGGACCUCGGUGACAUCGUGGUGCAGCGCCGCCAGGAGAGGGACGAGAUGGAGGAGGCUCGGGCGCAGGCGGAGGCGCAGAAGGCCGAGCUGGAGGGGCAGGUGGCCGCCACGGAGGCGGACAAAGCGUCGCUGUCGAGCCAGAUCGCCGCCAGCUCGGCGGAGAGCGCCGCGCUGCAGGCGCAGGCCGACGAAGCCGCGGGCCAGACCGCCCUCCUCAUCGAGCAGCGCAGGGUGAUCAUCGGCGAGGUGGCCAACCUGACGUCGAAGGUGGUGAACCUGGACGGCCAGAAGGAGCGGCUCAACGCGGAGAUCGCUCAGCUCAACGCCGAGAACGCCGAGUUCGGCAAGACGGUCGAGAGCCUCGAGGGUGAUAAGGCGUCCCUUGAAGGCAAGCUUGGGGCUCAGAAGGCGACCGCUGGAAACCUCGAGAAAAAGAAGGCGGACAUCGAGGAUGAGAUUGCGCUCCUGAUGGAGCAGCGCAAACUGAUCGCCAAGGAGGUCGCCUCGAUUACUCAGAAGGUUGUCACGAACAACGUCGAGAAGGCGGCGCUGCGCGAACAGAUCGCCGCAUCGGAGGCCGAGGAGGCGCAGCUCAACGAGUCGAUCCACGGCCUUGCUGGAGUCAAGGCUGGGCUUGUGCAGGAACUCAAGGACUCCCAAGCCAUGGUGGCCAACUACGAGAAUGAAAUCAAGACCGUGUCAGGGCAGAUCACGAACCUCAAGGGCCAGCGCAAGGUAGUCGUUGGCGAGGUGGCGAAGCUGACGGAGAAGGUGGUGGAGGCUGGGAAGUACAAGGAGGACCUGCUGGAUCAGGUAUCUUCGCGCGACAACACUGUUUCCCUGCUGGAGGAUCGGAUCUCGACCCUGAAGGGCCAGAACGCUGGCCUGCAGACCAAGCUGGAGGCAGGCAGGAUUGAGAACAGCGAGCUGCAGUCGAAGCAGUCUGCGGCGGAGCAGGCUGUGAAGCAGGGCCUGGAGAUGCGCGCCAUGAUAUCCAAGGAGGUCGGCAGGCUGACCGACAAGGUGUCCGAGGCCAACUACAAGAAGGGGCAGCUGGAGGAGGACAUCUUCCUCAAGGAGGGCGAGAAGGUCCAGCUGGAGGGCCAGGUGGCAGCCUUGGAAGGCGAGACCGGGUACCUCACCCAGAACGUCAAGGACAUGACAACGGAGCGGGAUCGCCUCGUGAAGCGCAUCCUGGCCCAGAGCGACCAGAACAAGAAGCUCGAGGAGAAGACCGCGCGGGGGGCGGGGGAGAAGCAGCUGCUGGCGCAGCAGCUGGCGGAAGCCCACGCGAAGCAGAAGGAUCUCCAGGCGAAGCUGCAGAUGCGCCAGGAGCGGUUCGAGAUGCAGCUGCGCGAGGGCGGCGUGCCGCCGGCCCUCGAGGGCAGGAUCAUCGCCGCGGGCGUGGCGGCCGAGGUCAGCCAGGCGGAGGUGCAGCUGAAGAGCGAGCUGCUGACCCAGAGCAGGGAGAACCAGCGGCUCAUGUCGGAGCUCCGGGAUCUGAUCGCGAAGCUCGACAAGGUGCAGAUGCUUCAGGCCGCCUGA